AUGUCCUUCCUCCCCGUGUCCAACGCGGCUGUCGCUGGCUUCGUGACGACCUCCAUCGCCCUCCUCGGGGCCUAUUUGUACCUCCGCUCGCCCCUCACCGUCCGGUAUCGCAACACCACGUCUGCCGUCAGGAUGAAGUCCUGGGUCGUCGUCAAGAACUCCGACAAGCCCAGCGAGGCGCUGUCCUUCAAGGACGACGGCACCGUGACGGACGAGGACACGCUGCCGCGCCCCAGGGGCAGCGACAUUCUCGUCCGCGUCUCCCACGCCGGCCUCAACCCGGCCGACCUGGCCUUUAUGAAGAACAUCCCCAGCUGGGUGCCGUUCCGCCGCCGGCCCACGCCGGCCAUUGACUUUGCCGGCACCAUUGUCGCCAUGGGCCCGACAGCAAGCAAGGUCCGCUGCCAUGUGCGCGCUGGCCAGCCCCCCCUGGUCGUGGGCUCCCGCGUCGCCGGCUGUCUCACCGUGCCCUAUGUCGCGACGGGCCACGGCGGGCUCACCGAGUAUCUGACUGUGCCCGCCUCCAUGGUCGCGCGCCAGCCCGCGUCGCUCAAAGGCCCCGACAGCAGCGUGGCGGCCGUGGGCCUGCUGGGCUGCGCGGGCCAGACGGCCUGCCUCUGCGCCACCGACAGCCUGGCGCGCGCGGCCCUCGCCGCGGCCACCGCAGCCGGCCGCCCGCCGCGCGUGCUCAUCAACGGCGCCAGCGGCAGCGUCGGCUCGCUGCUGAUCCAGAUCCACAAGGCCAAGGCCCCGUCGCGCGGCCCCGCGCACGUCACCGCCGUCUGCUCGGGCCGCAACACCGCCUUUGUGCGCGGCCUCGGCGCCGACGCCGCCGUCGACUACACCCAGCACGCGUCGCUGCCGGCCUUCCUGGCCGCCGAGUUUGGCAGCGCCGACGCCCAGUUUGACCUCAUCUACGACUGCGUCGGCGACCAGGCCCUCUACCUGCAGAGCCCCGCGUACCUGCGGCCCAAGACGGGCGCCCUGCUGUGCAUCGUCGCCGGGCCCGUCGGCGUGCCGGCGGUCGUGCGCAACCGGCUGCUGCCCGCCGCCCUGGGCGGCACGCCGCGCGCGUACCGGAUGCUGGGUCUGAUGCCGUCGGGCGACCUGGCGCGGCAGGUGGUCCGCAUGGUCGAGGACGGCACCAUUGCGCAGAUGCCCAUUGACUCGGUGUGGCCCAUGACGGACGUGGUCGCCGCAUACGAGAAGCUCAUGACCAAGCGCGCGCGCGGCAAAAUUGUCAUCCAGGUCGAGUCCAAGGCAAAGAAUGCGACGCUGCCCGCGGCGGUAAAAACGCUGGCAGUCGUGCCCGUGGUCCAUCGUGUCGCACGGCUCCAGCAGCUGCUCGUAGUAGCCCAUGCUGUCCGUGCACACCCGCCCGAUGGCCACCUCGCGCGUGUCGUUGCCGGCCGCCUUGCUCGUUCCGUCGCCCCGCUUGUGGCACGACCACAGGUCCCAGCCUUCCACCCGCCGGAUCUUGCACUGGCUGUGGCACGCCGUCGUCAGGCCGUGCUCGAGGCACCGCGUGUCCUGCUUGAGGUUGGGCGUCGCGCACUUUUGGUCGUUGUGCCCGUUGGACCGGUCGCACGGCGUAAGCGCUUCGCCGACCGCAAGAGCACCCACGUGGAUGUGACGGUGCGUGGCGCCACGGUUGUCGCCGUCCAUGGUGCACCCGGAAAGUAUUCUGGGUUGGGACUCGACGGCCACGGCUCGUACAUGGUGACAGUCUGGACGGUGACGGUGUCCGCUGGGGCUGUGCUUGACGCAGUCUCACCGGCCUUUACCGUCAAUGUCCGCGACCAAAUGCGUGUGACCGUCGUGGGGUAUGUUGUCGCGCCUUUCCAUGUCGGUUGUGACUGUGGUGUGGGUGUUGACGACGAUAGAGAGGCUGCCUGA